AUGCCAGACACAUUCACAGGCUGGGUCGCGCACGGCCCUAAAUCCCCCCUUACGUACGGAGCCUUCACUCCCAAACCUUUCGAGGAAACCGACAUUGAAGUCCAAAUAACCCACUGUGGCAUCUGCGGCAGUGACAUCCACACCAUCCGCUCUGGCUGGGCCCCAGCAGACUAUCCCUGCGUUGUCGGGCACGAGAUAAUCGGCACAGCAACGCGCAUCGGGCGCGCCGUCAAUAAUAAGCAAAACAUCCAACCCGGCGACCGCGUCGGCAUAGGCGCACAAUGCUCCUCCUGCCUACGUCCAGACUGCGAAGCCUGCGCCGACGGUGAAGAAUCCUACUGCCCGAAGAUGGUGGGAACCUACAAUAGCCGUUUCCCCGAUGGGAGCAAAGCCUAUGGUGGGUAUGCGAAUCGGUGGCGCGGCCCUGGCCACUUUGUUUUCCGCAUCCCUGAGCAAUUGAGUAGUGCGGAGGCCGCGCCGUUGCUCUGCGGUGGUGUUACUGUAUUCGCGCCGCUACGACGCUUUGGCGCUGGACCCGGGAAACGCGUAGGAAUAGUGGGUAUCGGCGGACUAGGGCAUAUGGGGUUACUGUUUGCGAGGGCGCUGGGGAGUGACGCCGUUGUUGCAAUCUCGCGGUCUUCGUCGAAAAAGAGUGAUGCAAUUGGGCCAUUACCGAACAAAUUAGGCGCGGACGCAUUUAUUGCAACGGGGGAAGACAAGAACUGGGCGAAAACGCAUGCGAGAUCUCUGGAUAUCAUCAUCUGCACUGUGUCUGGGGAGAAUAUGCCGUUGUCGGGGUACCUGAGGCUACUGAAGCGGAACGGGGUCUUUGUGCAGGUUGGCGCGCCUGAGGAGCCGCUGCCUCCGCUCAGAGCCUUCUCACUUAUUCAGAAGGGUGUCAAGGUGACGGGGUCGUCGAUUGGCUCUCCUGAAGAUAUUCGGCAAAUGCUGAACCUGGCGGCUGAGAAGGGCGUUCGGCCGUGGGUGCAGACCAGGCCUAUGGAGGAGGUGAAUCUGGCGCUGCAGGAGAUGCAUGAGGGGAAAGCGAGAUAUCGGUUUGUGUUGGAAAAUGGGGCGAAGGCAGGGAAGCUAUAG